AUGGGCAACGCCAACCCCAAGCCCAAGCCGCCACCGGCGCCGCAGCCUCUGGCGCCCAAGACACCACCACCGGCGCCGUCGCCGCCGCGGCCAUCGUCGUCGUCCAUUGUGGGCACGAUGCUCGCGACCAACAUCUCGCUGCGGCGGGCGGCGAUCACGUACAGCGACCUGCGCUUUGGCGAGCGCUUGGGCCAAGGCGCGUGCGGUGAAGUCAUCAAGGGCGAGUACCACGGAACACCGAUUGUCAUCAAGAAGAUGCUACAGAACCAGAUCAGCGCGGCCAACGUCGCGCUCUUCGCCAAUGAGAUCCAGCUGCUCUCGACGCUCCGGCACCCCAACAUCAUCCUCUUCAUUGGUGCCAGCGCCGACGCCCAAGAAAACCUGUGCCUCGUGACCGAGUACAUGGAGCGCGGCGACCUCGGGUCGCUCCUCCUCGACCCGACGAUCGCGCUGAGCUGGAAGGAUCCGCUGCUGCGGUUCGUCGUCGACAUUUGCCGCGGCAUGGCCUACUUGCACUCGCAAGAGCCAAAGUACAUUCACCGCGACCUCAAGGCCGCCAACAUCCUCGUCAGCGCCAACUUUCAAGUGGCCAAGAUUGCCGACUUUGGCUUUGUGCGGCUUCUGACGGACGAAGCGCUGAGUCUGCGUGGCACGCCGCUCUGGACGGCGCCCGAGAUCCUCCGCGGCGACACGUACACGGAAAAGGCCGACGUGUACAGCUUCGGCAUUGUGCUCGCCGAGAUUGAAACGCGCAAGAAGCCGUACCACGAACAUAACGUGAACCGCCGGGCCGGCGCACAGCGGCUCAUGCACGAUAUUGCGUACAAGGAACUGCGGCCGACGCUCUCGGAAAACGCACCGUCAAGCAUUGCGAGCAUCUACCAGCGCUGCGUGCUCAUGGACCCGGACGGCCGCCCCGGCUUUGACCAGCUCAUUGUCGAGUUCGACUCGCUCGUGCGACGCCAAGUCGACGCCAGCGCCUAA